AGGAAAAUUUUUGUGCUUUAUCCUGUCGAUUGUAGCACUUUCUUUUUUUUUUUGCUUUUUAUGUAGUGCGGUGUCGUCAUCUUUUUUAUUUGAUUUUUCGAUACUUUAUUUAUUUUGCAUAAUAAUUUAUCAAGUUGUUUCUUUAGGCAGUAUACUCGCGCACACGAACACACGCUUAUAACAAAUAACGUGCAGCACACAUAAUGUCGGAAUUGCCGUCGACGUCAAUGUCAAUGUCAGCAUCAGCAAUGGCGACAAGCCCAACAACAGACUCCAUGCCGACAUCAGCAGUAUUGCAGGGGUACUCAGGACAACUGAGCACAUCAACCAUUGACCCACACCUGAUAUCCCCAUUUCCAGAGCUUCCAACCGAACAAGACCACAGCCUAAUGAGCGCCACAUCAGCCGUCACGUCCGCCCUAACAGCAGCGACGGCAGCGGCAAUAUCCAGUGCACUGGCCAGUGCGCAAUUAGGCAACCAAACCAUGAAUGCAAGCGUACUUGCGGGAGACCAGCAUCAUGGCGUGUUGGAUUCACUACAGCGCAAGGCACACGAGCAGGUUAUGGAGAUCAUGACAUCGUACCAGCAAACGCAUGCGCAUCGGCGGCGCAGCAGUGUCGAGGCUGCGGCAGCCGCCAGCUCCGUGCUGGCUUCCAUUGCCAGCAGCACGAAGCCGUACCCAGGCGAUUCAGGCAGUCCGCAGCACAGCGCCGCGGCGGCCGCAUUGUUGGCCGCCUCUGGAAUGCAUGGUGUCGUUCUGCCGACCAUCCCCUCCGAGUCUGUGUCGCUUAGAGGGACGCCGGGUCCGAUGGAGGUCUUUGAUUCGCAGCUGAGCUCCAUGCAGAACCUCCAGGUUCGGCCACCGCCGCUCAAUAUCCCGACAAGAGAUGACGACGAUGACGACGAUUCGCUGUCGGACGGCUCUGGUCGUGGCACAAGCAAUGGCAUGCCUAUGACCCCUGAUGCACCGGGAUCGGGGCGGCCAGGAUCCCUGCGGCACCUGACGCCCGACGAGCGGCGCGCACGGCGGCUGCAGCGAAACCGGCUGGCCGCCAAGGAGUGCCGGCAGAAGAAGAAGGCGUAUAUCAAUAACCUCGAAGCCCAAGUCAGUGAUCUUCAGGCGGAGAACACGCAAUUGCGCAAGGAGCUCGAGGAGGCUAAUGCGAAACUCACUCUGGGUGCUAUGCACGCUGCGAGCAGCGUGACGACGCCCACACUGGACACCAAGAACAUUGACGGUCUGACAUCCGAGGACUCACUGGCAGUGGCAUCCAAACGGCCCCGCAUCGACGCCACCGAUGCAGCAAUGAACAUUAGCAGCAGUGGCGGCGGCAGCAGCUAGACCAUAUCCUUUGGGUUCUCUCUUUCCAUCACUCCUCUCGCUCUCCUUCUCGCUCUCCCUCUCGCUCACCAUUUCUUGAGCAGAGCAAAACAAAAGGAAUGUUACA